UGUUGAAGUAAUAAGUUUUGGCCCAUUGGCAAACCUUUCACAGGGGACGUAUAAUUGAUAUACAUUGGUUGCCCUACAGUUCAACCAUUAUUAUUUGAUCUCUCUCAACCCAUCCGUUGACUCUUGCAUGUCUUUCCUGACAAUAGUGCUUUUAAUCAGUCUAGCGUGUUUAGUGAUUUUUUUUCUUUUUUGUUUUUCUUUCCUCUUUUCUUUUGCUAUAACGGCUGGUCUCCUAGUUUUUCUACAAGACCGCUCCGGGGAGCCGGUUAUCUUAGGUUGUUUAAAUAUCAUUUAUUCUUACAGCGUGGUACUAUGUGGGAACCGAAAAGUCUCUGGGAGAACUGAGUUGAUGUAUCACUGAUCCGUGCGACGUAUAUUGAUCCAGAAAUGUUCCAAGGACGCGGAGGAACCAAGUGGCUUGAUUACGGAAAUUUUGUCCAUUUUU